ACAUCAAUAUAAAAAAUGUUUUUGGGGUUAGAAUUUUGAAAAAAUAUUUGAAAACUUUCAAAUUUUUUAGAUAUUAAUAAAGUGCCAUAUUUAAUUUAAACAUAAAUAAUGAAUUACACAGAAUUAUCAAAAGCUAGUAAAACGUUAGCGGAAGAAUUUCCCAAUGAGUUUAGGAAUAAAAUAUUGAAAUUGGCGAUCUCUUCGUAUUUACCCACAGCCCAAGACCGUUCAAAAGCUAUAGAUGUGAUAUCAAGAGAUGCUAACGUACCGAAAGAACAUGUAUACGAAGUCCUAGGCGUAUACAUAUCAUUACUAGAAAUCUUUUUGCAAGGUAGUGAUAACGAAUAUAACGAAAAACUAGCUGAGCUGGGGUUUACAGCUGGCUUUUUGGAACAAUUGCCGUUCCUCGGAAACAGGGAGGAAAUAAUUAAUAACCUGCAAAAAAGCUAUACCAUGGAUUUCGGAAGAUUGAAUCUCUUAAAAUGGAGAAUUGAUGUCAGUUUAGAUCACAGUGUUCUAGCGAAAAAAGUGCCUAAUUUAAUUCUAAUUUCUUUAACAAAGAAAGAUGGAAGUAGAUACACAAUUGAAUUGGAACCACGAAUGUUCCAUAAAUUUAGGUUUAGCAUAGCUUUAAUAUUGUACGAGCUAAACAACCUGAAAAGUAAAUGAUACCUCUUA